AUGAAAAAAACAUAUUUUCGCUUAAUAUGUUUGGUAAUGCCAUUUGUAAUUUUAGGCUUAAGUAAAAAAGAAAAUGUUAGAGUAAAAUCGAAUAAAUUCAAAGCUGACAUAGAAGAAUUAUCACCUUAUUCAUACAUAGAAAAUAGCUCCAAAAAAAAAAAGUAUUUUGUUAAAAUUCCUAAAAAUUACAAUAUUUUAAAUGAAUACAAGCACAAAAAAAAAAGUAACAAUUUAGAAAAAGAAGCGAAACAACAAUCAUAUUUAUCUAGAAUUAUGUCAUUCAUAGAUUUAAAAAAUUCUUCAAUAUAUAAAAAACAAAUGAAUCCUAUUCAUAUGAAAAAAAAUAAACGUAAUUUAUCUAAAAUGUAUAAUUUAAAAAAAAAAAAUGAAGAUCUAAAUAAUACAAAAAUUCUAUUUACUCAAAUGGUAGAUUCUUUAUUAAAUAACAAUGAUAUUUCAAAAAGCUAUUCAGAAUUAAUUAAAAAAAUUGAUACGAAUUCUAAUUUAAUGAAAGACAUUCAUGAUAAUGUAAGCAUAUACCUAGCAUAUAAAAUAGAUAGUGGACCUCCAAAGCAUAAAAAUUCGAAACAUGAUUUCAUAGUUUCACAACUAGGCGAGUUACAAACAUACACAAAAAAAACUUUAGAUUACUAUAAAUCUGCUAGAAAAGAAGUAGAAGGUAAAAUGAAAUAUAUACAGUCACUUAACAAUAAGACACAAGGAAAUAAAAAAAUCGUACAACUUAAGGAUUUUAAAAGGUUGAUAACUGAUUAUAAUAGUAAAAUAGAUGCUACUAUUUGGGAAUGUACUGAAAAAAACAAAAAACUUUACAUGAAUUUAAAGUAUAAAAUAAAUGGUGUUACGUUUGAAUCAUUUCCUUCUGACUGUGUAAAUUAUAUAGAAGGUACUGAAGAUAAGAUUAAUGGAUAUGAUAUUGAGCAUAGUACUUUUAUGGAAAGUAAUAAUAAUUUUACUACAUUCUCACUUUAUGUAUUAUCGUAUAAAAACAAACAACCAAAUCAAAAAGAAACUGCGAAAGCAUUGAGACAAAUAAUAACAGAUAUUCAUUAUAAUGAAAUUUGGUUUACAGGAAAUGGAGAAUAUAUAAAGAAUAUAAGGAAUUAUUUAAUAACUUCAAUGUCUAAUAUAGGAACGUUUAAUUUUGAAAAUACAGAAAAAAUGAACAAAUCUUUCCAUUUUAUUUUAGCCACCUGUGAACUUAGACUUGCUUACAACAUGAGUUUAAAAUAUAGAGAAAUUUUUGAACUUAAAAAAAAAGAAUUUUAUGAUAUUCUUAGAAAUUCGGAAAGAGAUUUAGAAAAUAUGUUAAUCGCGUUAGCACAUCCUAAGAAUUUGUUAUUAGAAAGCGCACAAAUUAAUUCAAAUUCACAAACUAUAUUAAGUAAUGUAAAUGACAUUAUUAAGGAGAUCUCUAAAAUCAUACAGUAUUUAUCAAACAAUUAUCAUAGUUCAUCAUUUUCUAGUAAAAAAAAUGAACUUAUUAAUGAAUUUUCUAAAAUAAAUGCUCAUAAUGACAACAUGAAACAUUUAGGUGUUAAUAUUAACAAACAAUAUUUAGUUAUAAACACGAAAAAAUAUUUAAUACAAAUGGCAAAAGAUGGAAUAUCAUUUAUUUCUAUGGAUAGGACAGAUUCUGAAAUUUUGGAUUUCUUAGAAAAUAGAGACAGUUUUGAAAGUGAUAUAAAAUUAAUAAAUAGUUCAUUUCAUCAGUUGAAUCAUGAUUAUAAUAAGUUAAGAGAAUUAUCAGAUCAAGUUAAAAAGCUUAAAGUUAUUGUUCUACAAAAAAAUAAUGAACUAAAAACGUUGAAAGAGAAAGAAGACAAAUCUAAAAAAAAUAUUAUAAGCUCUAUUAAGAAUAAAUUAGAACAAAUAAAAUUAAAGAUAAGUGAUUUAAAUAAAAUUAAAAAUUUAAAUGGAACGGAUAAUGAAGAUUUAAAAACAAUUGAAGCAUUAAUUAAUGGAUCAUCAUGUGAUUUGAAAGAACAUACAAAAAGAAUGAAUGAAAUAAAAAAAAGAAUUAACACAGCAAAUAAUAAUUUAAAUAAUGCUAUUAAAUCUGACACAAUGAAUAUUAUAUCAAAAUUUAUAAUAGAAAAAAGUAAAUUGCAUUAUGAAAAAUAUGGUUUAAAUGAUCUUAACAAAAUAUUUGAUGAAGCCAAGCAGAUGUAUAAUAAAAUGGAUAGCAUCAUAAUAAAUGCUAGAAAAUCACAAAAUGAUACAAUACAUGCAAUAAACGAUUCCAAGAAACUUAAGAAUGAUGUUAAAAUUAAAUUAAUUGAAGAUUUAUACAAUAAAAUGAAAAUUUCAUUUGAAAACUUUAAAAGUAUUAAAAAUAAAGUAUCAUUAAAAAUAUCAGAUUAUAAAAAAAAAGAACUAACAUUAAAAAAUUAUGAAAGUAAUAUUAUAAAAAUGAAAAAUGAAUAUUUGAAUAAAUAUAUUGAAGAAGAUAAUACUAACAUUCCUAGAAGUAACAUCCUUAAUGAAGCAACAAAUUUUAGCAAAAAUCAUGCUAACUAUAAAGGUGAAAUUUCCGGACAAAUAAAUAAUGAAAAAGGAAUUAUAAAUACUAUUAAAGAUCAGUUCAAUUUGUAUAGUGUAGUAGAAAAAUUUUUUGUGGAGUUUAAGGGAAUUAAGGUUAUUAAUGAUCUUAUAAUUUUAAAACAAAAUAUUAAUAAAGAGAAAAUAAACGACCAACUAAUGGGUCAUCAAAGAAACUUUAAAAGUAUAACUGAUAUGAUAGAUAAUAGUGUGAAUACCAUCAAACAUUCAAAUGAAAAAAUAGAAAUUUUCAAAGUUCUUAACUAUAUUUUAAAUGUAUCAAAUAAAAAUAAUAAAUCCAUUAAUGAUUUUAAAGGAGAUAUGAGUAAUUUAAAAGAAAAAGUUAAUGCAGAAAAUAAUAAAAUUAAUAAGGAUACUUUAAUAAAUAAAGAGGAAAAAGUUAAUAUAUUAAAUAAAUUAAAAGAAAAAAUAAAUGAAAUAGAUGAUAUAAUAAAAGAAGCUAAUGAUCUAAAUCAAGAAUCAACUAACUUACUAAAAUCUACUGAAAGCUCGAAAAAAACUGUUGAUAAUAUUCAGUCUAUAAAAGAUGGAAGUACUCACUCAGAAGAUGCAUCAAAAAAAAAAAUUAAAAUCACUAACAUAACAGACAAAAUAAAUAAGCUUAAAUCAAAAAGCAUAAAGUUACAAAAAGAUAUUGAAUAUUUAAUUCAGAAUCACAAUUCUAGCAUUGCAAAAUUAUUUUAUGAUCGUGUAUUAAAAUUAGAGCACGAGAUUAAUAAUAAUAUAGAUGAAAUCUUGAAUAAUUUAAAAUCAACAAAGCAAAAUUUCGAAAAUUUCAAUUCGGAAAAAGAUAUGGAAAAAAUAAAAAAUGAAAAUAUCAAGAGAAAACAAAGUGAGAUAGCUCAAGGUAUUAAAAAUAUUUUAAAUAGUUUUAGUUCGUAUGAAGGAAGGUUAGGAGAUAUAAAAAAGAGAUGUAAAAUACAAACAGAUAAAAUUAAAGGAGAGAAUAAAAAUGUGGAUAAUUUAAAUGUUCCUGAAACUAAUAUAAGAAAUAUUUAUGUAGAAAUGACUAAGAUAUCAGAAGAAUUAAAUUCACUUAAAAAAGGGUGUAAACAAUCAAUACAAGAUAUAAAUAUUAAAAAAUUAGAAUAUGAUAAAGCAUUCAUUGAUGAUUAUUUUUUAAGGAUAAAUUAUGAAAAAAAAAAAGCUGAGAAUGAGAUGAAACUAAUUGAGGAUCUUAAAACAAAAGUUGAACAGUUAAAAGAAAAAUUGAAACUGAAGGAAGCUGAAUUAAAAAACUUCAAUUGCGAAGAAUAUGUCAACAGUGCCAAGCAAAAUAAAAACAAAAUACUUGAACUAGAAAUAGAAGCAGGCAAGUUAAAAAAAGAAGCACAUGAUAAUGAAAAUUUAAAUGAAAUUGAUAGAAUCAAAAAAGAUGUUGAAAAGCAUAUGAUAGAUUCUAUAAAUUUUAGGAACAUAAUAAGCGAUAACUUAGAUGAAAUUAAAAAUAUGGAAAAAACUUUAGUAUCAGAAAAUUUUAAAAAUAUUAUGAGUGAAAUAAUAAAUAAUGUUCAAAGAGCCAAGGAAGAAAGUGAAAAAGCAAAAAAUGAGUUAAAAAAGUCGGAAACUACUAAAAGUAUAAUACUAGAUUCAUUUCAAAAUGCAAAAACAUUAAAGGAUUCAUUAAAAAUUAACUUAGAGGAACAUGAUAUCGACAAUAAUAUUGAAGAAAUUAAAAAGAUUAAAAAUGCUGUUUCAGACAAUGUAAAAAUUAUGAAUAAAUCUUCAAUAGAAGCUGAAAAAUACAAAGGAGCAUCAUCAAUUCAUUACCAUAAUGUUAUAAGGGAUAAAGAUAAAAUUAUAUAUCUGAAAAGUCACAAUCAAGAUACAAAAAAAGAAAUCACAGAUGAAACAAUAGAAAGGAUAGAAAACUAUGUAAAUGAAUCUGAAAAUUAUACAAAUGAAGCAGAUAAAAAUGCAAAAGGAGCAGACAAAAAUUAUAAAUUGGCAUCUGAAUAUGAGACCAAAGUAAAUGACAUUUUAAAUGAAUCAUUGAUUUUAGCAGAAAAAAUAAAAUCUCAAAAAAAAAAAAAUGAAAUAAACAAAAAAUUUAACCUUAUAAAAAAUGUAUACGAUAAUAUUGAAAAAUUAUUAGAAGUAUCAAAAAAGAAAUUAAUAGAAUUAAAGAAACAAGCUAAUAUUAUAAAAAAUGAAGAUGAAGGAAAAAGUGAAAAAUCUAUCAGUGCUUUUAUUGAAAUAGAAUCUAUUAAAAAUAAUGCAAAUGUAUCAUUAUCAGAAAUUGAAAUAAUAGAAAAAAGUACAAAAAAUAUUUUCAGCAAUGUUCAAAACGCAAUAAACUCAAUAUCAACUGAACCUAAGAGUAGUGAAGGAAACAUAUCAGAUAAAUUAAAAAUAGAGCAAGACUAUUUAAAAAGUAUUUCUGAUACUUUAGAAAUGAUAAAAAAUUCCGAAAUUCUUUUGCUUAAUGAAGAGAAAAAAUUAAAACAAAUAGAAGAUAAUGCUGAUAACAUGGAAAUAAAACUGAAAAAAAUGAAGAAAACAUAUGAAGAAGGAGUUUUAGAAGAAAUAAAAAAAGAAGCUGAUAAUGAUAAGGACAUUGAAUUAAUAAAAAAUUCAAUAAAUUCAAUGAUUGAUAUUUCAAUUGAAUUUUUUUCAAAGUAUUCAGAAAAAAAAAAUGACAUAAAACCAAAACUAGAGGAUGCUAAGAAAAAAGUGAAUGAAUUAUAUGAUACUUUUAAUGAGUCAUAUAAAAAAAUUGAAAAUCUUUCUAUAAGCGUUUUGGGUCCUGUAACUCAUGAAGAGGCCAAAGAAAAAAAAGAAGAGGGAAAUAUAGAAAAAGAAAAACUUAAAAAACAAAUUGAACAAAUGAAAAAGUUGUUAAAUGAUGUUAACAAUAUAAAAAAUAAUGAGGGAUUAAAAUUAAUGUCUAUUAUGAAAGAAAAUAUUGAUAUCACAAAUAAAAAAGCCAUGGAAGACCAUUCAAAAGUAGAUAAAUAUCUGGACGAAAUUAAAAUAAAUUUGGAAAAUAUUAAAAAUUCUGGUAGUGUUAUCGAGGCUUCAGAUUAUCUAGAUGAAAUAAAAAGUGAAAAUAAUGAAAUAAAUAUAAUUAAAACAAAAUAUUCUUAUAAGAAUGAAGCAGAUAUAAUUUAUAACGAUAUUAUUCAAAUAGCAAAUUUUCUAGAUAUCAAGGAAGGAUCGGGAAAUGAAACUAUAAAUAAUGCAAAAAAAAUUGUUGAAAAAAUAGAAGAAACCUUAAAUGAUAUAAAUAACAAAGAAGACGAAGGUAAAAAUAUUAUUAAUGAAGCUGAUAAUAUAAUUGAACAAAUAAAAUUAAUAAUGGAAUUGAAAGAAAAAAUUAAAGAAUCUAAAAAUAAAAUAAAUGAUGUUUCAGGUAAAAUAAAUAGUUUACAUGAGAAAUGUAUUAAAAUAAGAGAAACAAAUAUUUAUGUUGAAGAAUAUGAUAAUAUAUUUAAGGAUAAUGCUAAAUACAAUGAUUUGAAGGAGCUGAUAAGUUCAUACAAAAAGAAAUCAAGUGAAAUAGAGAAUGAAUUAAAUAUAGAUAUAGAUACUAUUAAUUUUGAGUUUAAAAAUUCUAUAAAUGAUUUAGAGAAUAUAGUAGAAAAUUCAAGGAAUGAUACUACGUCAAUCAUCAUAUUACAAAAGAUAAAAAUAGACAUCGAUGAAAUUAUGGAUAAAUUAAACAGCAUUUAUAAUAAAGCUAUAAAAAAUAAUGCUACUAUUGAUGAGCUAUCAGAACUAAUUAGAAAUUCUAAAUUUGAAUUGUUAGAUUUAAUUGUUACACAUAUUGAUAUUGAAAUAUCAAAUGAUAAAUUAUCAAUUGAAAGAAUAAAAGUAUAUAUUAAUGAUUGUUUUCAAUAUAUAAAAAACAAUCAUGAAUUAAUGACUAGUGACGUCAGUAAUUCAAAUAAAUUUCAUUCAAAAAAUCCUUUAAGCAAAUAUGAAUCAGUUCAUCUUAAAGAUGCAAAUAUGUUCGCUCAGGAUUUCAAAAGAAAAGAAAAAGAUGCAAUAGAAACCAUUAUUAACAUGCAAAAUAUAUUUCCUUUAAUAAGUGAAACGAAAAGUGAAAUUGAUGCAGAUAAUGCAUUUCGAACAUUAAAAGAGCAUCAUAGAAAAUCGAAAGAGGAAAAAAGUGAUAUAAAUAAUAUUUAUAAAUAUAUUCAUGAUGCUAAAUUAAAUGAAAUGGAAGAGAAUGCUAAGAAAUACUUUGAUAUUGCAAAAUCAUUUGAGCAGUUUCCAGAUAUUCAAGAAAAAAAAUUAUUAGACUCUAAAAAUAAGUUGAAAGUAAUAGAGGAUUAUAUAAUAGAAAUGGAAAAUGAAUCAAAACGUAUUGAAUCACCAUACACAGAGGAAUCUUUAAAAAAAUAUAAUGAUAUUUAUGAAAAAGCUAAAAUGGAGUUGGAUAAAAUGAGAAAAUUAGAGGAUGAUAGUCUCAGUGAAAACAAAGAUAUGGAACAGUAUGUAGAUCACAUUUCGUAUUUAAUAGAAAGAACAAAAACAUUACUAAAUGAUACGGAAUCUUAUCAAUACGAGAAUAAUUAUGAAUUAUCAGAUGAAGAAAAUAAGAAAAUAGCUAAUGAAUCAAAUAAAUCUGUUAAAAGAACAAACGAAAAAACAAACGAAUCAAAACGUAUUUUUGAACAUAUACGGUAUAUGAUUCAGAAGAAUAAAGAAAUAUUAUUACAAGAAAAUCAAAUAUUUCAAAAUAUUUAUGAAAUUAUGAAAAAAUUAGAAAAUACAGGUAAAAACAUUAAAAGGGAGUUAGAUGCAAAAAAAAUAGAAAAUAACAUAAAAAGUUAUUUAAAUGAAAUUAUAAGAAUGACAAAUGAUAGUUUAAAUAAUUAUAUUCAUAAUGAAAAAAUAAAAACAAUAACUAAAAAAGUUGAAGUGAAAAAAGAAGUUAUGAAAAAAUUUAAUAAUUCUAAUGAAAUAAAAGAUGAAAUUGUUGAUAUUCAAAAUGAUAAUGAUUAUUUGAAAGAGAGAAAAUCUAAAAUGAAACAUAUAUUGGAAAAAAUGAAAAAUGAGAAAGAAAAAAUGGAUAAAGAAUUUAAUAAUAUAUCAGAAAGCGAUAAUUUUAUGGCAUAUUCAAAUUCUCAAGAAUAUAUAUACCAAGGAGAAAGAUAUAUUAAAAAAUUAAUUGAUGAAAUUGAUAAAAUAGAAAAACUUAUAAAAGAAAAUGAAAAUAUAAUAAAACAGUUUGAAGAUGGAAAUAAUAAGGAGUCAAAUGGUGGAAAUGAUAAAUAUGAAAAAGGUAAAUUUGAUGCUUCUAAUGCUAAAUUAGCAGGAGGAAUAUUUGGUGGACUAUUGUUAUUCUCUGGUAUAUCUUUUAUUGCUUCCAAAAAAAAUGAAGAAUCAGAUCCAAAAAUUGUAGACGAAGAGUUUCAGGAAUAUGAAAAUGACAAUGAUGAUUUUGAUUUAGACGAAAAGGAUAUAGCUAUUGAAGUAAAUUUGUUUGAUGACUAUUAA